AUGGCCCAAAACGGACUUCUCAGCCUGGAGAAUGUUUCAUCUUCUCUGAUCGAAAAGAUGGAAAAAACUAUUAGAGACACCUCUAUUCAGCUGGGCAAUCACCUUCGAAAACUAGGAUAUCCACAUCCAACCGAAGAGCCAAAUACUCCGAUCCAUGUCUCGCCUUCUACGGCACCUGAGGAAGCGCAUCUACUACGACACAAGUUGAACCAGGAUACACUGACGCUUUCUCGCCUAGCCAGCGGCCUAACAGAGUACAUUGCUCAUAUUUCUCUACAUGUAAGAUUUGGCUACGCGGACGACACAGCUUUUCUAGCUAUCUCCCCAUCUCUUGCUACUAAUUGCCAAGCCUUAUCAGACUCUCUUCAAGAAGCUCUCGACUGGGACGCUGCUGAAGGGAUUACAUUUGCACCAGAUAAAUAUGAGCUCCUUCGUUUCUCCCGACACAGGACAGACCAAGACCCAAACAGCACACCCUCAGUGAUAGCCGGGUCCAUUACAAUCUCAGAAAACACUGAAUGCCCGUAUCUACGUUGGCUAGGAACUCUCUUCGAUAAAAAACUGACCUUUAAGUGGCAUGUCGGUGAAACGGCGUCUAAAGCCCUCACUGAAACACUAUUCGAGGAGUUAAACCCCAUCUACUACAGCAGGUUGCAUCGGGCUGUGUCCUCUAUAAAGCAUACUACGGUGCCGAAACCUAGUGGCCAGGCCGUAUCCGCCCCGGGUCUCCCCAGAUUACUAGCAGGUGCAAGAGCAGUCCCCCCAACUUUUCGUACAACCCCGGUGUCUGUCCUACACCGAGAGUCUGGAUUCUUUACUCCAGAAAUCGAACUAGACCAAAUAGCCCUUCUAGCAGCUGUCCGCCUUCGGCGCCUUGAUCCAUAUCAUCCGCUCCGGAAACGGGCAGAGCAGGUUUCCAGAAACGGCCGACCAAUCAGUCGGUUUGCUCGUCGCGUGCUAGCCCUCCCCAACUCUGAACAAGUAAACCCUCUGCAAUAUGCUCCCUGGUACCCUUGGGCUCCAAUGGGACGCACUAAAGAAAAAGCCGCGGCUGAUUUCUUAGAUUUCCGACAUAUAAUUCCCGGCUCUGAUAUCAUAUUCCUUUGCUCCUCACUCUCAUUCGGACCUGGGAAAGAAGUCUUUGAUGCGGAAGCAGAAGCUGCUCUAGCCGGUGCUCAGGCAGCUAUAGCACUCUCAACAGCUCGAUUUGCCACUAAUCUAUGGAUCUGCCUAGACAACCUGGAAGUUGCCACACGCCUUCUAUCUCCCUCCACAGGAUCUUCUCAAGGAGUCUUUGAAUCCUUCUGCACACUAGCAGCCGCCUGGCCACUCCGCGAAAGGCUUCCUCAUACCAAAAGUGGCUCUAUCCGAAUUCGAUGGGUCCCUGGACACGCAAAAAUCCCUGAAAAUGGGGCGGCUGAUCUCGCUGCCAAGGAGGGCGCUGCCUCUAUCCCCCCUUCUCCACACAGGUCCUCCUAUGCCUCGCUAAACAGGUAUGCCAAGGCUGGAGCCCUUUCUACUGCUCAAAACAUUAUGGCAGAGCGUAGCACCACAGACGUACCAAGAUCUUGGAAUCUCUACAUCUCCAAAGCGCCCAGGUGA